AUGUUUGUUUUAAGCGCGCAUAAUCCACUGCUAUUAAUGUCGCAGUCAAACUUUAGUGAAGCGACAACGAGCCCAGACACAGGCUUCAUCCAAAAAAAUCAUAUAAAAUCAUCGUGGUGGAAGUACCUAGUAGUUGGGAGGUCCAGCGUUUUCUUGUGCGAUAAGCUCCACAAUCUGCGGCCCGUGCCCGCUCAGGCUGUUCCGAUUGGUGGUGCUCUGGCCAAAUCAGUUCAUAUGGCUGCUGAAUCGAGGUUAUCUGGAUUGGCAGCAGCACCCCGUCCCGAAAGCAUCAAGGAUAAGAGCAAUGCAGAUACCACAGUCAAGAUCUUCGGGCUCUAUGCGUACCGUCCAUCACUUACCACUAGCGCCGCUCGAGACCAUGGCAUCGAGCUAUAUCCCUCUCUUCGUAGUGUAGUACACAAAUCUCUUGCGUUGAUUUUGUAUCCAUUGCAUAUCGGAUUGCAGUCAAUCUGGACGCCAAGAACGUAUAUAAUGGUACUGGCAAGCCGUUCGAAAGUGAACGACCAGAACUUCCGAACACGUUUCGACCUGUUCGCAAUUAACAUGUCGCAAAUCAAACGUCUCUGGCAGAUUAUUGUGGGCAUCCUCGCCUUGACAGCCACAGCCACUGCUGCCGACGGCAAUGAGUAUUCCUGUCGAGUUGAAAGAGCGCAACGAGCACCGGGAACAAGUCUCCCACAUUUUCACCAGCAGAUGCGGCUCCCGGUGACCAGGCAGCAUCGGAACAGGAAAGAGAGGAAGAUGGAGGUCACCAUGGCCAUGAUCUCAACUACGCCAAGGCGUAUCCAGCAGAUGGCGGAGGAAGGAACAGCCACCAGUCGAGGGGCCGAGACAACUUUCGAGCCUACGCCGCUGGCAUUAUGGACGCGUAUGGACGAUUGGCAGAGGUUUGCUGAAGUCGCAUAG